CUCUCUACCUGCCUCUCAUAUUGAGGUGAGGUUCUGUCUCUCCAUACACCUGUACAUACAGAAAUUUGUAUCUAUAGCCUGGGUUUUCGUUUUCUUGGUGAUGGCGGUGUUAUCACAGAGGAAAGAAAUGGAUCGGAUCAAGGGCCCGUGGAGCCCGGAAGAGGAUGAGUUGUUGCAGAGGUUGGUGGAGAAGCAUGGACCUAGAAACUGGUCUUUGAUUAGCAAAUCGAUUGCGGGAAGGUCUGGGAAAUCGUGCAGGUUGCGGUGGUGCAAUCAGCUUUCCCCUGAAGUGCAGCAUCGGGCUUUUACGCCUGAAGAAGAUCAGACGAUCAUUCGGGCUCACGCGAAAUUUGGCAACAAAUGGGCUACUAUAUCUCGAUUAUUGUCUGGCCGGACGGAUAACGCCAUCAAGAAUCACUGGAACUCGACUCUGAAGCGCAAGUGCUUUUCCAUGUCCGAGGAGUUCAACAACUUUGAGCCUGAAUCUCUGCAGCCGUUGAAGAGAUCUUCAAGUGUUGGGCCGAGUACUAAACUUUGUAGCUCCGGUCUUUAUUUAGACCCUAGCAGUCCAUCCGGAUCUGAUUUGAGUGAUUCAAGUCUUUCGGGUCAUCAAAUUUACCGACCCACUGCAAGAACCGGGGGGACCUCUCCUCAGCAUUCCUCGCCUUCUCAACCAGAUCUCCUUACAUCACUUAGCCUUUCCUUACCCGGAUCUAGUUCCAGUCCAAAAACCGUUUUAGAAACGAGCAUGAAAUCUGUGUCCCAACAAAGAAAACCUGUAUCAGACCCGACCCCUAAACCUUUACAGGAACCGGCUCUUAAAUCCGGGUAUCAUAUCCAAAAAACCCAGUCCUCGACACCACUCCCACCACAACCACAUGUUCAAUUGACUUUUCCGCCGCUGGCGCCAGUUUCGAUGCAGACUCUGCAGUAUGCUGCAGCAGCGAAACCAACACCAUCGCCAUCACAAGCUGUUGCGGAUAAACAGUUUUUUAGCCCGGAGUUUUUGGCAACUUUGCAGGAGAUGAUAAGAAAGGAGGUGCGGAAUUACAUGGAAGGGAUCGAGCCCAAUGGGUUUUACAUGCACACAGAUGCGAUCAGGAAUGCAGUGGCGAAGCGAAUUGGGAUAAGCGAGAUUGACUAAUGACUCAUUCAAAUCAAGACUCGCGUUUGGUGAGAGCGUUGGAACGAAUGAAGUCCGAUGGAUGUUAGGAUGCGGGAAUGAACUUUGUUUCGUUUUGUAGAAUUCUUAUCUUCGUUCUACACAAAAAAAAUAAUUUUGAAGUAUUGUACAGGUGAACGGUGAGACGGGUGGGUGUGUAUGUUCUGGAGGUUGAAGGUUUGAUGUUGGAUGGAAAAUGGCCGGAAAAUCAAUCGAAGAAAAACUGUUGUGAGGUGGAAUUUUCCAUCUUCCAUAGGGUUAACGAGUUUAAAAUAUAACUAACCAUAAGUUUAAAAGUUCCUAA